AUGGCGGAUAGAGAAAAGACAACAACGGUAGCUAAAGCAAAGGUCUAUCUGCCAUGUUUUGUUCCUGGACAGUUUGACGACGCCCCUGAAGAUAAAGAUCCUAUUAUUGACGAAGGGAACAUUAACGAAUACGAUGAAGAUGAAUCCGAGAAAUAUAAUUAUUGCAAAGGAGAAGAAAUGGAACAAGAAGAAAUUGAUGAAGCUGGAUACGAUGAAUUAUCGGAUGAUUUUAUUGAAGAUGAAUUGAACGAUAAUGAAGAGUGGGCUGUCGCUCAAGGAGGGUCAUCAUUUACAACAACGAUACUAACACCAAAAACACCAUCGACAAAUCAAAAGCAAUUAUUACCCACGUCUGCCAAAAAAUCCGCAUCUGUUCCCUCAAAUCUUGUGCAAACAAAUCGAAAAACAAUGCAAGCUAAUUUACGUGAUCAAAUGAAUUCGUUGAGUAAAUACGCAGGAAGAAUUCAUUUAGAUGAUCUGACUGGUAGUCAGUUAUCUACUUCUGUUACCAAUGAUAUAAGAAUGAGUAAUAUGAAAGCACAGGGAAACAAGCAAAAAAAAACCGAUAAAUCUGAUCGAGCAACCGUCGAACAAGUGUUAGACCCGCGCACUCGAAUAAUACUUUUCAAAUUGAUUAAUCGUAAUUUCAUAUAUGAGAUUAAUGGGUGCAUUAGCACCGGUAAAGAAGCAAAUGUUUAUCACGCACGAACAGAAGCGGGGGAGCAUCGUGCCAUAAAAGUCUACAAAACGUCAAUCCUCACGUUUAAAGAUCGUGAUCGAUACGUCACUGGCGAGUAUCGUUUUCGGCAUGGAUACAGUAAACAUAAUCCGCGAAAAAUGGUCAAAUUGUGGGCGGAAAAAGAAAUGCGAAAUUUAAAGAGGUUGUGUCAAGCACAGGUGCCAUGUCCGGAACCACUUUUGUUGAAAAUGCAUGUUUUGGUUAUGGGAUUUUUGGGAGAUAAAAAUGGGUG